UAUGACAACAACAAUAAGUAAACAUGAUCUACAAUUACAACAACAACAACAGCAACAAACAAACCAGCAGCAACAACAACAACGUUCUUCAUUAUUAUAUAAAAAUUUUACUAAUACAAGUUAUACAAUUAAUAAUAUUAAUAAAACAACAUUAGCCACACCAACAACUUCAGCGACAACAUAUAUAACAAGCGGUACCGAUAAUGCUACUUUCAUACAAAUAGAUUCGUUAAAUAAUAAUACAAAUUCACUUGUUUCGACUACGUUAGCAGCAAAUGAAUCCACUACCAUUGCAAUUAAUAAUAAUAAUGGCACUAUCGAUACCACAACAAUCGAUACAUCAAUCGAUAUCUCCAGCACUGCUCAAACGAAAACACAAAAGCGUUGUUCAUUACUUAAUUUUAAAUCUUUCGACUUUAAUAUUAAAUCUUUAUAUUCGGGAUUACGUAGUAGCAAUAAAACCUCACAAACGCAAUCAACAACAACAAUAGCGGGUAAUGCAAAUGGCAGUAGCGGUCUGAUAACAGAUACACCGACCGGUCAACGUACACCAGCCGUUAAUAAUCGUAUGCCGCCAUAUUUAAAAAUCGAAGCUGUCGACACUGAAGAAUCGGAGAAUUUACUUUUAGAUUAUCCGCAAUCGCCCUACUCAUCAAGACGCAAUAGCUCACAAGAGAAUCGCUCUAGUACACAGCUGUUGCAUAUAAGUCAUCGUAUGGAAGAUAUGUCACGUUCACAGGCUAGUUCGCCUUCACCAUAUUUUCUUUCUCCAUAUGUUUAUGAUAUGGCAACUGGUGGUAAUAUAAGACGUUCCUCUACUUCAGACAUACAGUGUAAACGCAGCGGUUCUUCAAGUGGCAGUGAUAGUCGACGUCCGAGUACUUCGGAUCUGUUAAGAAAGGCACGUGAACGUCGUGGUAGCGAAGCUCGUAUGGGUCGUAGCGUUUCACAUGCAGGUUUGCCACGCGGUGCAUUUAGUCAUGUACCAGCAGUUCAAAUUAAAUUUACUUUUUUAAUUAUUAAUCCGUCCCAAAUUGUAGUCAACGAAUUUGCUUACCGAAAUCGAAUGAUUUUUGAAAACAUACAAGUCCGAUGAAUAUUUUACAACAUAGACUAUCUUCAACGUGGUCUACGUAAACUAUAUGAUUUAUAGCACUAUUGUCAAAUAAAUUACUAAAAAAAGAUAUAUCCCAUAACAAAAUGUCAAAACACAGAAAAAUUUUAGCGAAAUAAUAGGUGAACCUAACUGAGGUAUUAAUGAGUGAUGGUAAACGUAGAGCCAUUAAAAUUAAAUCAGUUCAAAUAUACAAAUUAUAAAUUAUUUUAUAUAAUA